UCUCUUCUCUCUCUCUCUCUCUCUCUCUCUACUCCUUAAAACACCUGUCGUGUUUUUGAAGCUUUAGCUGUCGCAGCAAGUGGACGGUGGUGGCGAUAGUAGUUAAAUGUAAUCGAGCUAGGAUAAUAGCAAGAAAAAAGGCGAGCACUAAUCAUAUGCCACAUUGUUGCUGGUUUUGUACUCGUGUCUUUCAUUAUCCGGUUCUGAUAUCUUGGCUCACCACAUAGCAACACUGAUAUUAUUUGACCAAGUUAAAAUAAUGCAAAUAAAAGACGUUACAUCAUAAGAUCAUAAGUAGUACUGAAUAUCCGUAUAAUAUGGGAAUGAAAAUUAUCACAUCGCGUUUACAUGUAAAAUAUGGAUGAAUGUGUCGUGAUCGACCCUCGAAGCAUCGAAGAUGAGAUAUCAGUAUAAUCAACGUUAAAGAUAUACAGAUCAUGGCGAAAAUUUUCAAAGCACCAGAAUCGUCAAUGGUCUAUCUUGCAUGUCAAUACUGUGCUAACCUCAACUUCAAAAGAGUUCAAGACUUUGUCAGGCAUCUGCGAGAUCACCAUUGUUCAAGAGAAGGCGGUUCUUUUGUAUGUCGUUAUGGUUACAAUGGAGUCUGCUCGAGUCUUCCUCUGGAAGGAGUAUCAGACAAAGACUACAUAGCUCAUGCCGCCAAGCACGCAACGAUGCAGCAACGUCAAAAUCAGCAGGAAAAGAGCAAUGGUCAAAUGGUGGAUGGUACUGCUGCCUGGACCGUUUACUCGUCUUCCCAAAAUUUGCCUGCAGUCCUCAAUGAUCCGAACCGAGGCAAGCAAAGCAAUUUUCUCACCAAAACAUGGGGUGAUGCUUUUGUGGAAAAAGUUGAAAUCUCCAAGAGUCCUUAUCUACCGGAAAUUACGAGUCAACAUUUUGAGUCUUACAUGAAAAAGAUCGCAAGAAGAUAUCGUAAGCAUUCACGAAUGAGUGCGAAUAGGAUUGGUUCGCUGAAUGAAAACAUUCCAAACAGUAGAAAAACAAAACUGAUAUGCGAGCGUCCGUCGCAUUUCGAUUUAUCCAGCAUACCAAAAAUAUUUUUGAGUCCGCAUCUCGAUCUCUCACGUCAAGACAAUUUUGAAACUAUAUUUCCUUUCACGACGGGUGGGCUACUCAACCCGGGAAGCAAUGUUGUAUCACACGUAAAAUUAUUGCAAGAAAAAUUGAGUCACUAUUUGGACAUCAUAGAAGUUAGGAUAGCGGAACAGGUAGCGUCGAAAUCACAAGCAUUUUUUCUCGCAAUGACAUCGCACGAUGCUCUCAUGGAGCAAUUAACGCAAACGAUUACCGUAUUGAAAGCUCUUAGAAAAAAUAUUCACCAGAUCGACAAGAACCUCGUGAUCGAUACUUUAGACAUUUUACGUCUGGCAAGGGCACGCUCUAAUCGAACGUUGGUCCAGGAAAAGUUGAAACUAAUGGCGACUGUCCACCAGAGUCAACCGAUGAUACAAUUAUUGCUCUCGACUCCUGAUUACGUGGCAGCUCUUGAUUUAAUAUCGACUACACAAGAAAUAUUACAUCAAGAACUCAACGGAGUUCACAGCUUUAGACAUUUGAGCUCUCAAUUAACGGAAAUGGAACGACUUGUCGAUAAAAUGCUUUCUACGGAAUUCGAGCGCUAUGCAACUGCAGAUCUCAAUCGACCGCUAGGUGAAGAUAAUACAGUACUCGAUGGGGACAAACUGGUUUCAAUAAUAUCGGGUUUGCUGCGACAGAAGCAUUUUCAAUUCGUCGAUGCGUAUAAAGAGGAAGCUGUGACCACUGUCAGAGCCGUCACCAAACAGCGGGUCAUCGAAGCUUUAGCUGCGAGUGAUUGUUGCAGCGACCAGCAAGCCGCAGGUCUCGAAGUCAGUGGACUGUCUCUCGCAGAAAGAUUAACCCUUUUGCAAAAUACGAUUCAGUCGUUAACGUAUCUGCUCCAUCGAGUAAAAGCUGUCUACGAGGUAAUGCGAGACACGGCUGAUUUGUCAGCCGGCCGGUUGCAGGAUGGUACGAUCGACAGUUCUGUAACCGAUUGUUUGUUGACCAAUGACGAACACACACGCGUGAAAAAUAAACUCAACGAUAUGCUCACCUCGGUAUGCGAUUAUUGUCACGAACGACUGGGUCACCUGUUGUCAGCCGGAUCUAAUGACAAGGACAAAGGUCCGAUCGAAAAAGAUAAAAUGGUCGAUGCGAGUCCUAUAAAAGCUACUGAAAAGGAAUCUCAGAAUUGGAAUGAGAAAUCUUGGCUGAGUGAUCGCGCGACAGUUGCUCAAGUUUGUCAGUUAGCCAGUAUGGUCGAAACCUUCACCGAAACAUGCGAAAAUAUUUGUGGAAAACAGUGCAUCGCUCUACGUUCCGCAUUUAAGGCACAAGCGAGCAAGUUUGUGCAACGCUUCCACACGGAACGUAAGACAAAACUUAGCCUUCUUUUGGAUUUAGAAAGAUGGCGACAAGCAGAUGUACCCCAGGAGUUCCAAAAUCUCGUGAAGUACAUUUACGAGAACAAAAGGUUUCCGAUCGAUACAUGCAAACCUGCUAGCACCGAACAAACUGACAAUGUAUUGAAUUACAUUCUCGUAGGUCAGGAGAAAUACGCCGUUGUGGGCACAGCUUUGAUGCUCAUUCAGAUGGUUCACGAGUACUGCCGAACAAGCAGUGAGCUGACUGCAUUGUCAGGUGCAAUUGGUCGCCAAGUAGCAGAACUUCUGCGUUAUUAUAAUUCGCGAUGCUGCCAACUGGUUUUAGGCGCUGGUGCCAUGCAAGUUGCCGGUCUCAAAACUAUCACUAGUACGAUUUUGGUUUUGGCCGGACGAAGCUUAAAAUUGAUAAUCUGGUUGAUGCCUUACGUCAAAGCUCAUUUUCAAGAACUGGCGGACCAGAGUGCCAAUCGCGGAGUCGUUGGAACGAGCAGCGGUACUGGGGGAGUUGCUCUUCUGGAUAGUGUGGAACGUGAUAUACGAGCUCAUGUUCGCGAAAUUGAUGGAAAGAUCCUAACGAUCGUCGACAAUCUAGUCGGUGGUCAAAUUUCUAAUUGGAGCGCGCGUCCUCCGGUACCCUCCCAAUCUUUUCGCAAUAUUUCACGGCACUUGGUGAAACUGCACGAAGCAGUAUCCGGAAUUCUUCCACCAGUUGAAGUACAAGCGCUCUAUCGAACAGUCAACGUUUCAUUUAAGGAAAAGUUACGAGAGCAAUUGGUGAAAAUGAAUAUUGUUAACAACGGAGGACCACAGCACGGAGUUGUGACGUCCGAAUUGACAUUUUAUCUUGAGGCAUUAAGAGGCUUAAAAAUUCUACCGACUGAGGAACUGGAUGAUAAUUGGAUGUCUGAUAUAUGGACUAGAUAACAUGCAGAGCGAGUUGUGUAUUGCCUUUUAGAGGCGAUGAGGUAUUACAGACACAGAUGACCGAUAGGGCUCACAGAAGAGCCUUCAUAUGCGAUUGUAUAAUGCGUGAUCCACUUAUAUUGCAAAAGAAUGUUAUUUUUUAUUUUGCACUGCCGGAAGGCAACCAAAUUUUUUCAUUGUAAUUUAUGCAUUUUUUUUUUCAAAAAAGACCCUCUGAGGGAAAACGUAGUGGAAAAAUGUUGAAGAUAUCUUCAGGAAUCCCUAUUUUUAUUCUAUGCAAGACGGUUUUUUUUGCAUUUUAAUGACAUGAACUUUUGUAACGUGGAUUAAUCGUGCUCGCUAAAUGCUGCAGACAUUGCAUACGCUAUGUUGGGAAACAUUCUAAAUUUACCGGUAUCGUACGCAACUAACAAACGAUCCUGGAUCGUUGUACGCUUCCGUAUCUACAUUUCAAGUGUUGAAAUGAAUUCUAUUAAAUUUCAAUGAAAUUUAAAUAAGAAGCAAAAUUUUAGUCAAAUUUGAAAAUGAGAAUGUUGUUGACUGUUUAUUUUAAGGAGAUCGAAAUUUGAUGGUCAAUUUUCCAUAAUUUCGAAAAUUUCAGUAGUAAUUAAUAGAACUUUCAUUUAAGUAGUGUGCGGCGAUGAUGUGAAAAAUUAAUGCAAUCGAGCAUCUCAUAGGAUGAGAAUUAUUGAGUCAAAUCAUAAUUAUGCUGAUAUCGUAUCUUAAUAAACUCGUUGACAAAACAGCACUAAAAUAUUUUAUAUCUCCUUUGAUUGCCUAAUGGAGUUCAUCAAUUCAUGUCUCAUAUAUUACUAUUAUUGUGAAAAACUCUAUUGGUAUUAUGAAAAGAAAACGCUCGAAUGAAAUGACUACACGCAACAGUCAGCUUGAUAGCGAUACAAGGUCAACAUACCAAAACCAAACACUCAGAUUUGAACUGCACAUUUGAAUUGGAACUGGAAACUAUGGCUGAAUCACUAAACCAUGAGAAAAUAAAAACCAGUUGUAAUGUGGCGAUCUAUUAAUAUUCAAACUUUACAAAAUUUUGUACACAGUCGUAUAACUGACCAAAUUCUAGAAAAUUGUAUAUAAAUCGAUUAAUCUAAGUAAGUUUAGUUAUUCUCUCGUCUCUUUGAUUUUCGUUUAGUUGCGUCUAUGUCUCUAAACGUUGAAAAAUUAAACGAUAUAUCUGGGUGGAUUGCCUUGUCUCGGUAACGCAAUUUCUUAUUUGUCAGAAAAAGACACUGCUAGAUUUGAGGUUAUUAGUACGGUGGAUUAAUAUAUAACGACGAUAGAGGCCAUCCCAA